AUGCCCCUCACCGUCACUCCCAUAAUGUCCAAAUUCCUCACCAAUCUGAAGUCCAAGUUUUCCCAUUCGAAGAAAGAGGCCUCGCCGACCAAAGCGAGUGCCCAAACGGAAGCAACAGCACCCCCAGCUGAAACGUCGUACACCAUUCAACCACACCCUGCCAAAACAAACGAUCCUGCGGAUUUACAGCCAUCCAAUGGCGGACUGAAAAGCGGGGAUGCGAUGGCUGUACACCAUGCCCGCGAUCCAUACGUUCCCAGUGAUCAAAUCAAGAACAGUUUACCAGAGCCUUUGAGUCACGAAGAACUUCAAGCAAGGAGUGCAGAGCUGAACAGCUAG